AUGAAUAUUGCAGUGAUCAGUCUGUUGCUAUUGUGCCUAGGAAGCAGCACCUGUGCUUUGGUGCCACCACCACCACCGCAAGGUGCAGUUGUCAUUGGAGGCCCCCCCGUGGUUGUGCCUGUCACUCCACCACCACCACCCACACUCACGCAGGACCUUGAUGAAAUCUAUAGGUUGGCUCAAAUUCAGUCAAUCAGCCAGCUGCUGGUUCGUUACCUCAUCAACGAUGCCCAGUUCCAGGGGUUUGUACGGAUUGUCAAUAGCCGAGAGGCAUUUAAUCUACGCUGGAUCGUGCGUUCCCAGCCUGAGGUACUGGCCUUUAAACAGUGGGUAAAUCAGCAGUUGUUGGCCUCCGGUGGCCCCCUAGAGUUGGAAGAGAUUGAACUGAUUGUCAGCCUGGUGAAUCCCUUCCCCUAUUGGUCGGCUACGGUCUUUGGUUUCCGAGGCUUUAUUGAUGAGCUGCAGCUCUACGUUCCACUACACACUAUUCGUGCUCAUAUUCAAACUAAAUUGCUUGAAGGAGGUAUCUUUGCACAAUUUUGGAGGCGCCUCAACGAUUUGCAGCCAGUCUACGAACGUCUUUUGGCAUCUCCCGAAGGUCAGACCCUAAUAGCAGAGCUACAGGAAUUGAACAUUGAUAUCGUGCAGUUGGAUCGGAUCAUACGUGAAACACUUGGCUGGAAUGCAGUAAAUACAACUGUUGCAACUGUAACUUCAACGCCAGCUUCAGUGCCAGUCGUUGUUUAAUGGUAGUUUUCAAUAUAUCUAUCAUAUAUUUUGCACAAUAUUGUGCCGAGAAAACAAAAA